AUGUCAACAACGAGCAGUCUCGAAUCAUGGAAGGGCAAUCGCAAAAAGACCCUUCUGCCUCUCGCAGCCGCUGGUCUCGCCCUGCUCCUCUGCUUUCUCGGCAACAUGUCUCUCCUCUUCGGCGCCGGCUUUGAGCAGCGCUAUCGCACCCACGCGCUCAACGUACUCGUCGUCGACUUUGACCAGGACGGCUCCGUCACGCAGGCCCUCUCGUCCGCCUACGAAUCCAUCAAGGGCAACACGUUUCCCACCCUGAAGUUCCAGGACCCCUCGUCGCAGUACGCUCAACCCGAGGACGUACAAGAUGCCGUGUGCAAGGACGGCUACUGGGCAGCCAUGUACGUCCACCCGGGCGCCUCCUCCCGCCUCACCGACGCUGUGGCCGGCGGACCUUCUUCUUCCUCCUCUACGCAGUACAACCCCGACGACACAAUCUCCUACAUCUACAAUGCGGCACGCUACGCCAACGUGGCCGACGGCGUCAUCCGCUCCAACCUCGAGGCCCUCAUCGCCGCCUCCAGGGGCACGUGGUACCAAACCGACGCCGGCCAGUCCGCCCUCUCCCAGCUCAACGCCUCAGACCCGGCCGCCGUCCAGGCCUUCCUCGACCCCAUCCAGCCCAGCCCCUUCAUCAUCGCGCCCACGGCGCAGGGUGCGCGGGCGUACUAUAACACCCUCAAUGUCGUCUUCCCCAUCCUGCUCGCCUUCUUCUUCCUCCUCGCCGUCAACGGCGUCAUGGGCAGCGCCGGGAUCUUCGCCCGCCUCCCGUGGCGCGACGUCUGGUUCAUGCGCUUCGUCGCCGCCAAGGUCUACACGUGCCUCGCCGCCCUCGUCAUCGCCGGCUACAUCUGGGCCUUUCGCGAGGAUUGGGCGGUCCCGGCCUCCGGCUUCCCCAAGACGUGGAUGAUCAUCUGGUUCCAGAUGGUCAUCAACUGGCAGGUCUUUGAUUCCCUCAUCGGCUCCUUUCUGCCCCUCCCGGCCGCCCCGUUCUUCAUGCUGACAUGGGUCCUGGCCAACGUCGCCAGCACGGCGAAUCCCCUGCUCCUGGCACCGGGCUUCUACAGGGCCGGGUAUGCCAUGCCCGGGUACAACAUCUACUCCCUCGAGGUGCGGGCCUGGACGGGCUGCACGCGUACACUGCACAUCAACCUGCCCGUGCUGUUUGCAUGGUGGCUGCUGGGGCUGCUGGGCACUGCCGUGUCCGCGCGCAAGCAGUGCUCAGAUGCGCGGAGAGCGGUGGAGCAGGUUUCAGACAGCAGUAUGCUACAGGAGGAGAAGAGGUCCGGUGAAGCUUAG